CAUUCAUGCUGAGCGCUGCUCUCCUGUGCGCACGGAUCUGCAGAGCUGAGCUUUUUGAACCGCUGCUGCUGCUGCUCUCUGAAGAGCCGUGCGGGAAUGGAAACGUCUUCUGCUGCAACUCUGACAUCCUGAAGAAAAGAAGAAAUGAUGCCAAGCAGGGAUAAUACAAAACACGGCUUAAUAAGGCUGGUGGCAGGCAUGGCUGAGGAUCAAGGGAUGAGGAUAUAAAAUCUCCACCAGAGAAAGGAGGAUAAAAGAGAACAGGGAGAUUACUACUUUGAGACUUUUUUUCUACUUUUACAUCAUUAUACCCUGCAGUCGUAUAAGGCACCGACUGACCCUUUUACGGAGUACACUCUCAAAAACAUACACCCACUUCCCUCCCCUCACCACCAUGUCCUCACACUUUAAUCCACCCCUUCUCAUCUUCCCCUUGCUCUUCCUUCUCCUCUCCCUCCCUAAGACCUCCACAUCUACCACUCCCCCCACCUCUCCUCUACUCUCCUUUUCUCCGCCGGAAGGUGGUCUCACACAUUUGGUGGUCCACAACAAAACCGGAGAGGUCUACCUGGGGGCCGUCAACUGGAUCUACAAGCUGUCUGGCAACCUCACCAAGCUGCGGAGCCAUGUCACCGGGCCCGUCACCGACAACCCUCGCUGUUACCCUCCUCCUGGUGUCCAAUCCUGCCCACAUGAGCUAGUGCAGACUUCUAAUGUCAAUAAACUCCUGCUACUCGAUGCUGCCCACAACCGCUUAAUUGCGUGUGGGAGUACUUCCCAGGGAAUAUGCCAGUUCCUGCGUCUGGAUGAUUUAUUUAAGCUUGGUGAGCCACACCACCGUAAAGAGCAUUAUCUAUCCAGCGUUGCAGAGGCGGGCACCAUGUCUGGUGUGGUAAUCCCCCCUGACAUCUUUGGCGGGGGCGGCAAGCUCUUCGUCGGCACCCCCAUCGACGGGAAAUCGGAGUACUUUCCUACGCUGUCGAGUCGCAAGCUGAUGUCGAACGAGGAGAAUGCCGACAUGUUCAGCUUUGUGUACCAGGACGAAUUUGUAUCUUCACAGCUUAAGAUUCCUUCCGAUACCCUGUCCAAGUUCCCGGCAUUUGACAUCUACUACAUCUACGGCUUCAACAGUGAGCAGUUUGUCUAUUACCUCACCUUACAACUUGACACCCAGCUCACCUCGCCAGAUGCGAGCAGCGAACAGUUUUUCACCUCCAAGAUUGUCCGCCUGUGUGUCGACGACCCCAAGUUCUACUCGUAUGUCGAAUUCCCCAUCGGCUGCACUAAGGACGGAGUGGAGUACCGCUUGGUUCAGGAUGCCUACCUGGCCCGACCAGGAACCCGCUUGGCACGUUCUCUUGGUAUUCGAGAGCACGAGGAGGUUCUGUUCACUGUAUUCGCCCAAGGUCAGAAGAACAGAGCCAAACCGCCCAAGGAGUCGGCUUUGUGUUUGUUCACAAUGAGGCAGAUAAAGGAAAAGAUUAAAGAGAGGAUUCAGUCAUGCUACAAAGGAGAGGGAAAACUCUCCCUGCCCUGGCUGCUCAACAAGGAGCUGGCCUGCAUCAACUCGCCGCUGCAGAUAGACGACAACUUCUGCGGCCAGGACUUCAACCAGCCUCUCGGAGGUACAAAAGCCAUCGAAGGAUUUCCACUUUACGUGGACAAAGAUGACGGCAUGACCUCUGUGGCGGCGUACGACUACAGAGGAAACACCGUGGCAUUUACCGGAACUCGCAGUGGACGCAUAAAGAAGAUCCUGGUGAACGCCAUUUCCCAGCCUGCCUUGUUGUAUGAGAAUGUGAUGGUGAGCGAUGGGAACCCCAUCCUGAGAGAUCUGCUCUUCAGUCCAGAUCAUCAGUUUUUGUACGCUCUCACUGAUAAACAGGUGACCCGUGUGCCGGUGGAGAGUUGUGAGCAGUACACAUCCUGUAGAGACUGUCUGGGAUCAGGAGACCCUCACUGUGGCUGGUGUGUGCUGCACAACAUGUGUUCGAGGAGGGAUCGCUGCGAGCGAGCAGAGGAGCCCCAGCGUUUCACCACCAGAGUGGAGCAGUGCGUUCAUCUGUCCGUCCACCCGGAGACCGUCUCGGUCACCAUGUCAGAAGUGCAGUUGGUGCUUCAGGCGCAGAACGUGCCCAGUCUGUCUGCGGGAGUGAACUGUUCCUUUGAGGACUACGUGGAGACGGAAGGACGCAUCUACAGCGGACGGAUCUUCUGCCUGUCUCCCUCUACCAAAGAAAUUGAUCCCAUAACACGAGACCAGGGUGACCAACGUAUAAUAAGAUUGUAUCUGAAGUCCAAAGAGACAGGAAAGAAGUUUGCCAGUGUUUUGUUCGUCUUCUACAACUGCAGCGUCCACCAGUCGUGCCUGUCCUGCGUCAACGCUAACUUCCCCUGCCACUGGUGCAAAUACCGCCACAUGUGCACACAGAACGCCAGCGACUGCUCCUUCCAAGAGGGUCGGGUCAACACGUCCAAGGACUGCCCUCAGAUCCUGCCCUCCACUCAGAUCUACAUUCCAGCCGGGGUAAUGAGGCCGAUCACCCUGCUGGCUCAGAACCUGCCCCAGCCUCAGUCUGGACAGCAGAACUACGAGUGCGUCUUUCACAUCCAGGGCAGCACGCACAGCGUCCCGGCGCUGAGGUUCAACAGCUCCAGCAUCCAGUGUCAGAAAACCACAUACGACUAUGAGGGCGGCGCCAUCAGUGACCUGCCGGUUGACCUCUCCGUUGUGUGGAACGGAAACUUUGUCAUUGACAACCCGUUCAACAUUCAAGCCCACCUGUACAAGUGUAGGGCGUUACGAGACAGCUGUGGGAUGUGCCUGAAAGCUGACCCCAGGUUUGAAUGCGGUUGGUGUGUCCAAGAGAAGAAGUGCUCCCUGCGGCAGGAGUGUACGGGGGGAGGGAACUCCAACGUUCCUCUGCAGCUGGGUGAAGGUGGGGGGUGGAUGCACGCCACAUCUGGAAACAGCCGUUGCACUCACCCCAAGAUCACCAAGUUGUUCCCAGAAACCGGACCUCGUCAAGGGGGCACCAGGUUGACGAUCUGGGGGGAAAACCUGGGCCUACAGUUCCGAGACAUCCAGAUGGGAGUGGUCUUGGGAAAGGUUCCCUGCGUGCCCAUCGAACAGGAGUAUGUCAGCGCUGAGAGAAUCGUUUGUCUUCUGAACGAUGCCACUGGCUACCGAGUUCAGGAAGCUCAGGUGGAGGUGUGUGUGAGAGCCUGCGUCAAUGACUACAGAGCUCUGUCACCAAGGCCAUUCACCUUUGUGACUCCAUACUUCACUCGUAUCCAGCCGUCUCAGGGACCCAUUUCGGGCGGGACCCGGGUCACCAUUGAGGGAAGCUACCUCAACGCAGGCAGCUUCGUUUCUGUCAGCAUCGGACCACAACCCUGCCAUUUUAAGAGGAGAAAUGCACGAGAGAUUGUGUGCGUUACCCCAGCUGUACUUUCACCAAGUAGUUCAUCAGUCCUGGUGGACAUUGAUGACGCCGAGCUCCGGAACCCAGAGGUCAGAUUUAACUACACUGAAGACCCCACGGUUCUGAAAAUCGAGCCCGACUGGAGCAUUGCCAGUGGUGGAACCCCACUAACAGUGAGUGGGACCAACCUAGCAACCAUCCGAGAACCGAAAAUCAGGGCCAAAUACGGGCAGGCCGAGUCUUUUCAUAACUGCACCGUGUACAACAACUCUGUGAUGGUGUGCCUUGCUCCGUCGGUGGCGGAUUCCGAGCUGGGCUUUUCCGACACCGGCACCGGCCCAGAUGAGAUCGGCUUCUACAUGGACAACGUGAACUCUCUGGUGGUGGUCAACGAGACGUUCAGCUACUACCCUGACCCCAUCUUUGAGCCGCUGAGUCCGUCCGGCGUGCUGGAGCUCAAACCCACAUCACCACUAAUACUGAAGGGUCGUAACCUGAUCCCAGCGGCGCCGGGUAACAGCCGCCUGAACUACACGGUGCUGAUUGGAGAGACUCCCUGCGUCCUGACCCUGUCUGAGAGCCAGCUGCUGUGCGAAUGGCCCAACCUCACCGGACAACACAAAGUCACGAUCCGUGCUGGUGGAUUUGAAUACUCCCCAGGAACUCUUCACAUCUACUCUGACAGUCUCCUCACCCUUCCUGCCAUCAUUGGCAUUGGAGGGGGCGGUGGCCUGCUCCUCUUGGUGAUCAUCGCUGUUCUGAUAGCCUACAAGAGGAAGUCAAGGGACGCAGACCGCACCCUGAAACGCCUCCAGCUCCAGAUGGACAACCUGGAGUCCCGAGUGGCCCUGGAGUGUAAAGAAGCUUUCGCUGAGCUCCAGACGGACAUCCAUGAACUGACACAGGAACUGGACGGCGCCGGGAUUCCCUUCUUGGAUUAUCGCACAUACGCAAUGAGAGUCCUGUUCCCUGGAAUUGAGGAUCACCCUGUGCUUAAGGAGAUGGAGGUCCAAGCCAAUGUUGAGAAGGCACUCACGCUGUUUGGUCAGCUCUUGACCAAGAAGCACUUCCUGCUGACAUUCAUACGGACACUUGAGGCUCAAAGGUCGUUUUCGAUGCGGGAUCGAGGCAACGUGGCGUCUCUGAUCAUGACGGCCCUGCAGGGGGAGAUGGAGUACGCCACAGGGGUCCUGAAACAACUGCUGUCUGAUCUGAUAGACAGAAACCUGGAGAGCAAAAAUCACCCCAAACUGCUGCUAAGGAGAACGGAGUCUGUUGCUGAAAAGAUGCUAACCAACUGGUUUACUUUCCUCCUGUACAAGUUCCUCAAGGAGUGCGCCGGCGAGCCUCUGUUCAUGCUGUACUGUGCCAUCAAGCAGCAGAUGGAGAAGGGACCCAUUGACGCCAUCACAGGAGAAGCCCGCUACUCCCUCAGCGAGGACAAACUCAUCAGGCAACAGAUUGACUACAAAACAUUGACGCUGCACUGCGUUAACCCGGAGAAUGAAAAUGCCUCAGAGGUGACGGUCAAGUGUCUGAACUGUGACACCAUCACUCAGGUCAAGGAGAAAUUGCUUGAUGCCGUGUACAAAGGCAGCCCUUACUCACAAAGGCCAAAGGCAGCUGAUAUGGACCUUGAAUGGCGUCAGGGUCGGAUGGCCAGAAUCAUUCUACAGGACGAAGACGUGACGACCAAGAUCGACAAUGACUGGAAAAGACUCAACACACUAGCUCACUAUCAGGUAACAGAUGGCUCAGUCAUCGCCCUGGUGCCAAAGCAGAACUCUGCGUACAACAUCUCCAACUCCUCCACCUUCACAAAGAGCCUCAGCAGAUACGAGAGCAUGCUGAGGACGGCCAGCAGUCCGGACAGCCUGCGGUCCAGAACGCCGAUGAUCACACCAGACCUGGAGAGCGGCACCAAACUGUGGCAUUUGGUGAAGAAUCAUGACCAUUCGGACCAGAGGGAAGGGGACCGAGGGAGCAAGAUGGUCUCUGAGAUUUACCUGACCAGGCUGCUGGCCACAAAGGGUACAUUACAGAAGUUUGUGGAUGACUUGUUUGAGACCAUCUUCAGCACGGCUCACAGAGGCAGCGCGCUGCCACUGGCCAUCAAGUACAUGUUCGACUUUCUGGACGAGCAAGCCGACAAGCACUCCAUCACCGACUACGAUGUACGGCACACCUGGAAGAGCAACUGUCUUCCUCUGCGGUUCUGGGUGAAUGUGAUCAAGAAUCCUCAGUUUGUGUUCGACAUCCAUAAAAACAGCAUCACAGACGCCUGCCUGUCCGUUGUGGCUCAGACCUUCAUGGACUCGUGUUCGACGUCUGAGCACAAACUGGGGAAAGACUCGCCUUCAAAUAAGCUCCUCUACGCUAAAGACAUCCCCAACUACAAGAGCUGGGUGGAGAGAUAUUACUCGGAUAUUUCCCGUAUGCCAGCAAUCAGCGAUCAGGACAUGAGUGCCUACUUAGCGGAGCAGUCGCGCCUGCACCUCGACCAGUUCAACAGCAUGUCUGCUCUGCAUGAGAUCUACACCUACAUCAUCAAAUAUAAAGACGAGAUCCUGUCGGCGCUCCAGAAGGACGAGCAGUCCCGCAGGCAGCGGCUACGUGGCAAGCUAGAGCAGGUCAUCGACACAAUGGCCCUGGCCAGCUGAGGGCCGGCCGAUCAGACACCUCAACUAGUGCAGAACUUGGCUUAACCCACACGCCUUCCCCUCUCCUCGUCUGACAUCCAUUUCCAUUCACAACGUUUUGAAAUCUGUUGUCACCACGCUCGCAGACCGCCCCUCUCCCCCACAGUGGUGGGAAUGAGGCUGGAGGGAGACGGGCGACGCAGCGGCAUGCCGGAGGGACAGCAGACUGUUUGGUCACCACAUUUAGUUUGACUUUCUUCUCUGAGCCGCAAUUCUUACUCUGAUCAGCCAAAUCAAAAGCAACUCUUAGCCUCAGCUAAUGUGGACCUGAGCUUAAACAGGUGAGCAGGAAACAAAACUGGUUUAGCUGGAGCUGGAACCCCUGCAGAGAAGGUACAGGCCACCACUUGGUAUCUUUCCACUGCCACGGCAAUGGUUUGGCCUGUGAGUCAUCGAAAAUCCAGGAGAUUUCAUCGCUCUACUUGAUCCCCUUUCUGUUGCUGUCCUCCGUAGGGAGCAGGGGAGACGAAACAUCAGGGACUCUGCAGAACGGCGGUGGGAAAUCCCAGCAGAGAUUUACUUAGACGUUUCAGGAAGCCGCAGAAACGAUGGGGACGGAGGACCGACCCGAGAACGUCCCCCGUUUCUGGUUUGACUCUCCAUGUCUCUGUCGGCGGAAAAAACAAAAGAAGAAAAAAACAAAACACGCCUCUGAAGUCCAACAAAAAAAUUCCCAUUACGCUACAUUUAAUUUGUCAUUGCAUCUGAUUCUUUUCUCUCCCCAGUGCUGUGCCACUUGUGUUACUGCUGAAUUUGCACAACAAAAGCUAAAUCAAAAGAGAGAAGAGGAUAUAUGAUUAAAUAUAUAUAUAUAGAUAUAUAAAUACAACCCUUUGUUUUUAAAACGAAUCAAAAAGUUGAACUUUUUUUCCUCCAUUUCAAUGUACAAAAGAUGUUUCAGAAAAUUUGAUAUUUCCUAGAUGAAAAAAAAAGAUUAUGAAAACACAAGGAAAAAGUUGUCUUGUGCCAUGUUUUACUUUGAAUGUCGUUUAGUGCAAAGAGACUUCUUUUUGUUAGAUAAAAUGUGCUAAUUUGAUCAUGUUGUCAUGCUUAGUGACUGAGAGUUUUAAAAACAGGUAAAUGGCAGAAAUAUAAGAAUAUAUUACAGACGCUCUCUAUGUUACCUGAGUCCUUGGCGGCCGCUGUGUGCUGUGACUCCGAAGAUUGUAAAAAGACAAACGAUGUCUGGAAGCCACAGAUGAGCCAAACCGACCUACAGAGCUUUUGUGUUUGCUUUUGUUUGUUUUGAUUUUUUAGAGAAACCAAAUAGAUCAGGAUCAGCCGUUUCAGACGAGUCGUUGGUGUUGAAGGUCGCCUCAUGCUGUGCCGUAGACCUGGAGGCAGCGGGUGGGGAUCUGUGUAACUUCUAGGUCUUGUUUCUAGACCUCCUCUCUCGUCUGAAGCGAUUUAUGGGCCCGCUCCACUGAAGGAUAGUGUCGCUGUGCAGAGAAAAGUGAAUCAGUUUUAUCAAAGUAAAGCCUGUAAAGCGUAAAAGGCCCUUUUUUUUUUCCAAAUGUGACUGUGGUUUUUCAAAAAGAUAAUGAAAUGUAGCUUGAAAUAUGUGAGUGUUUUUGUACAAGUUGAAGGCCUUUUUCUUUAUGUUUUCUAUAGUUUUUAUAGAGGUAAAAAGAACUUAAAAAAAAAAAAAAAACAUCCUGAUAUUUUUCCUUGCACAGUUUGCUGGAGCACAUUAACUUUCAGUGCUUUGAAAGUCAUUUUGUUGGUUUGCAUCUCGUUCUGCUUCAGGUGCGGUUUCUUCAGAGGGACGGAAAACGGAGGGAAAGGGUUGAAACUGUUCACAAAGUUCAAACAACAAACUCAGCCAUCCAUCAACAUGUUAAAGGCAGACAAUACAAAUCACAAAAUUAGAUCCCACAAAUAUGUUAAUUUUACUGGUUACUGGUUGUUAGCACCUCUGGUAAAAGUGUAAAAGGCUCUAAUAGAAAUUCAUCUUUUAUUGCAGUAAUGUGGUCUCACAUUCAUUUUGCGGGGAAAGUCUAUUUACGUUUCCAGCAUAUUGUGUUAUGUGUUGGGAAUAACAAAUAAUUCCCAACAGUUAUGUAUAUGUAAGUGUUUUAACUCUCCACAUGGGAUUCACAUGAGACAAAUCUUCACUCUGAAUCCUGUUAAAACUGAACCAAAAAGAUUAUUUACACAAUUAAAUUUCACAAUUAAACAGUUUCCCAUCUUAGGAGAAAAAAAAAUGUUGCUGUGUGGACGGGAUCUGAGAAGGGUCAUCUUGGGGUCAUCAACCAAUAAACUGUGACCUGCUUGCCACUCGGUGAUUUGGAAGGUAUUUUAUGACGUAUACUUUACCAUCCAAUAAAUGGCAGCUCUGGCAAAAAAAAACUAAACAUGUCACAUGACAAAGUAAUCACAGCAGGUGCUUAAAUAUUUGCGGCACCCUUGAAUUUGAUAAAAAGUUCUUUUUAUUUUACUUUUUUCAUUAAAUAAAUUUACUCAAAUUGAAUAAAAAAACCCAUCUGAGAUCAUUCUACUGCAAUAAAAUGGAUCUUUUGAAAUGGUUUUUAUCUUUUUCAGGAAUAGUGGAGAACACUAUAAACAAAUCUGUGGAGUAAAUAAAGCUCAAUUCUUCUGCUGA